GCGGCAGCACGGCGAGAGAGGUGGUGGGUUCGUGCGUGCGACGUUCGUUCGCUCCUCCGUCCGUUGUGAUUUCAGUGAUUCGUCGUCGAGAUAGUAUCGCGAGCAUCCCCGAAGGAAUCUCCGAGGAGAUUCAUGGGCGUGUGCCAUCGUCUCACGGUCACCUCAUAAGACAUCCUAUCUCGUCCCGGUCGUCCACUUCGGCUCGAUCCCCUGGUGCUUGGCGCAGCGCGGCGCGGUGUUAUUUCGCGCGCGACUCCCGUUCACCAAUGAGGAAGAAUUACGAUGUAAACUAGGCGGGGGACUGGCAGAAGAUAUCCCCUCACGAUUAUCUCAAACAUCUCCAUCCUACCGUCCUCGUGAGUCGAGGAUCGCGGUCGCCUCUGCAGGGUGAGAGAGGCGCGCGAAAAUCCCCUUCGGGUGUCUCGCCCCGACGACGUCGUUGUUGUUGUGUGUCAUCUACGUAGCACGAGACAAGCGCAAGGAUGUCGGGCGUGCCGCAGGUGUCCAGUGGACUCAGCAAGCUAAAGAAGAAGCACUUCCGGGUGAAGCACCAGAAGGUUAAGCUGUUUCGCGCGAACGAACCGCUGCUCAGCGUGUUUAUGUGGGGCGUCAAUCAUACGAUAAACGAACUUAGUCACGUUAACAUUCCAGUAAUGCUCUUGCCAGAUGAUUUCAGAGCUUACAGCAAAUUGAAGGUGGAUAAUCAUCUUUUCAACAAAGAGAAUAUGCCCUCCCACUUUAAAAUCAAAGAAUAUUGUCCGUUAGUCUUUAGGAAUCUGCGAGAAAGAUUUGGAAUAGAUGAUUUGGAUUACAAAGAGUCGAUGACAAGAUGUCGGGUGUUUAAUCCCUCGCGAGCAAAGCAGCGUACGGAUUUGAUCGAAGGAAUAGGCGGAAGGACUCAUCAAUUGGUACAGCGCUCCGCUACCGCCCCGUCGUUUACCUUUCCUUCUCCCACAUCUGCCUCCUCGCGCAAUUCUAUUCUAAACAAACCGUUGCGUACCUGCAGUUUUAAACCGAAACGCCUGAGAUCGCAGCCAGUGCUCGAAGAUUCAUCUGGGAAGAGUGGCGCAAAGUUUUAUCAAUCUUACGACAAGCUGUUCAUAAUUAAAACUCUCACGAGCGAGGAAGUAGAGAGGAUGCAUUCUUUCUUGAAGCACUACCAUCCUUAUAUCGUCGAACGACACGGAAAGACUCUGUUACCGCAAUAUCUGGGAAUGUAUCGGUUAACUGUCGACGGCGUCGAGCAUUACGUAGUCGCUAUAAGGAAUGUAUUUUCGAAUCAUCUGACGACGCACAAGAAAUUUGACUUGAAAGGCUCGACGGUUGACCGGGAGGCGUCAGACAAGGAAAAGGAGAAGGAUCUCCCUACCUACAAGGAUAACGAUUUCGUUAAGGAGGGCAUGAAAAUCUACAUCGGGGAAGAAGCCAAAACCAAGCUAAUAGAAACGUUAACGGCCGAUGUAGAUUUUUUGACAAGAUUACACUUGAUGGAUUACUCUCUGUUGCUCGGCCUGCACGAUUGCGCGCGCGCCGAGCAAGAGAGCAGAGAGCGCGCGGAAAGGGAGGACGACGAGGACAAUCAUGAGGAAGAAGAUGAUAGCGAGUCCGGUAGCGGAUUGGAGUCCCGAGGUCCAGUGACAGACCGUAUGUGGGGUUGGAGCGGUGUCGGUCAUGCGAUCACCAACAUGGCAACGCCCCCCGAGUCACCGCAUGCCGCGUUAAUGCGUGAUACCAGUCUACAGUAUGAGGACGCGAUAAUACCCGAGCUAGAUAUUUAUGCUAUUCCUAGUAAAGAAGGUGCUCCCACGAAGGAGAUUUAUUUUCUAGCCAUAAUAGAUGUGCUGACGCAUUAUGGCGUACGUAAGCAAGCGGCGAAAGCGGCAAAGACCGUCAAGUAUGGUGCUAACGUCGAUGGUAUAUCCACCUGUGAUCCAGAACAAUACGGCAAACGUUUCAUAGAGUUCAUGAGCAAAGCCAUAGAGUAAAGAGUAUUAUUAAUCGUUGUGCAUAAAAUGACGAAGUUACGACGAUAUUAUCGCUUACUACUGUGUAUUGUCGGAGUGAAAUCGAAUUGAUUGCAAUCCGCACGAGAGUGGGAGAGAGUCCCGAAGAUUGAGUCAUCGCGGUCUCACAGUUUGGUUUACUUCUCCGCAUCGGUUAUCUUCUUAAUAGCUUUCACUCGCGUUCAUACAUGACGAAGCGCGUAACGUUUCGCGAGCUCUUUUAAAUGACCGCGUCUCUCGCCGAUAUCUGUCUAUAUCGGUGUUGUUUUUAUUAUAUAUUUACGCGCGGCUGGCAAGAGAUUUUUUUAUUCUUAAUUAUCAUUUGUCGCAAUUACGUUGCUUCUCGUUCAGUCCAUUUCCACGCCAGUUGCGAAGAAGCGUGCGAUCGAGUUUCUCGAAUUUGUCGCUUGAAAUUUCUUUUUCUUCGUGAUAGAACGUUCAAUCGCACAUAGUGUUACACAUACACAGUUGCAAUCGCGCGAGAAUUUUCGUAAAGCGAAAAUACGGCGCCUCCUCUUUUCUCUAUCACCAGGUUUUUUUCUUCUCACCUCGAAGAAAUAUAAGAAAUAUAAUAAUAUAAUAGCAAUCAGCGAUCUUGCAAGUGAUCUUGCAUCGUUCGAUGAAUCAUUUGCGAUGAAUAAUUAAUGGCAUUGAAAAAUAUCAAUUGAAUAGAUAGUACUAUCUAUGGAUUGAGAUAAAAAGCUCCAGAUCGCACAAAUUCUUAUCUACUGAUAUCAGUCACCGUAAUAUUUAAAAAUAUAUUAGCAGUUUGUUUUAUUUUUUAUUGAUGAACUAAUAAUGGACGUGAGUCAUAUUACAUGUUAUGGAAAGAUAUCAAACUUAAUGUAUUUCUGUUUCAGUAAAAUUCUUCUAAAUAUCUCUUGACGUAAAGUAUGGCGCUCGCCAAGUAUAGGAUUGCCUGAUGUGCGUCUAAUUGUUUUCAUAUAAGAUGUAAUUUCAGUAGCUCGGUGAAACUACGCCUGCUGUUUUGCUAAAAUUUCAAUUGAUAUACUGAUGCACACAAUGUGCACAAUUCCGAGAGGAAUGUAUAAUACACAAAAAAAUACACAUACACUUCACAUAUACGUGUAUAUAUGCAUAUACAAAUCACUACGAAAUAAAAUACAUUAAAUGUAAAUGUUUGUGCUUAGUUCGGUUCGGUUACGUUUCGAUUUUGGGAAUCGACGUCUCAGUUACUUCGCGGAAAAUAUCUUUGGGUAACGCGAUCCAUUUAAUAUUAUUAUACACGAUACAUAUCUUUUUGAGCUUUCUUAUUUGCCACGACAAUUGAGAAUCAGCAAUUUGUUACCACAGCUUUCAUUUCACAAAAAGAACACUCAGAAUAAGACACAUCGUCCUUCCGAAAGUAAGCACUUGCAAACUUCUGCACCAUAAUAUCGUUUAUCGACGGUGGGUUAUGAGUCUCCAGCUUUGUUGAUGUUUGUAAAUUUAAUAAAAAAAACGUUCGACGAUAGUUGAACUGUAACUGUCGAGCAAUUUGUAUUACAAUGAAGGAACAGGAGAAUGUACACCACAUUGCGUAAGACAAUAUCUUUAAAUAUCUGGUACACUUUUAUAUAUAUGUAUGUAUAAUUUGUUAGAGAGCCGAUGAUAAUAUAACUAACUACUUUAUUGAUUAAUAUAUUCAUCUAGUCUCGAUACAUCGUAUAAUUUUAUAUAUUUAUCGUCUAAUUGCGCGCGCCGGGACUAACGGGUGUGAUAGACGAAAGGAGGAGGGAAUGCCCGUCGCUGCGUAUUUGUUACGGGACUUACUAGAUCUCGAAAGUACGAUCCGGUUUCCGUGUGAUUUGUCAAUCGUAUAAGUACGAUUAAAAUUUGCGAAAUCCUUCGAGCGCGAUACCGUUCUCUAAUAAAUGAGGAAUUACAUCCAUCCGUUAGCAUGCGUCCUCGUGUGUGGCAACGAUAAAAAAUCUUUGUUCACAUUCAAAUAAAUUGAGAUUCAUCGGUAUGCAAAGUCAUUUGUGCAGCUUUAUUAUAUGUGUAAGAUAAUGUUGCAUUCUUUUUUUUCUUUCUGAUUUAGCUCACCAUCUUGACAUAUACAGAGUCCGUCUUCCAGCUUAUACAUUAUGACGUAUAAAUACCUUGGAAUCGACGCGCGUCAGAAGUUACACAACGACACGCAAAAAUACGAAAAAUAAAUUAUUAUUUUUAAUUUCUAAUAUACAUGAGAUUAUUUACAAAACUGUGUCGUCUGCGUUGAAUUUCAAGGUAUCUGUACGAAAGACAAGAAACUAAAAUGGCACUCUCUCUGUUAAAUAAAUAACGAUAAAUAAAC